GUUUUUCACCGAAUCGAAUGCACGCAGCGGACGGACGGUAAAUCGCCUUUCGAUCGGAAAACAGCGUACAGUGCACCAAUUCGCCGUGUACACAUAUUCAAAAGUCGCGCGGACAGUGCGGGUCAAACAAAAAACAGCUGCGAAAUAAAAUACACAAAUCUCAGCUCGUGGAGGGCAAAAUCAAAGAGUGCCGAGUGUAAAGAAAACUUCUGGACGCGCUAAAAGUCGCUCUUCCUCUCCAUCUCUCUCUCUCUCUUUCCCCUGUGUUGUGUGUGUGUGUCGUGGUGUAGUGCCUAGUGUGUGCGAGUGCGAGUGAGACGGGGCAAACAAUUUGCCGCUAAAUACAAAAAGCAGCUGAGACCAGCUGACACAUGUGUGUGUGCGAAAUACAAUAGAGGCAAAAGGCUACAAAUAAAGGCUAUAAAUAAAUUGCAAAUGUUUAUGUUUAUGUAGUCGUGUACAGCAGCGGCAGCAACAACAAAACGCACGUGGCGCAGACAUUUUCGGCCACGAUAGUAAGCAAACACACAAACACGAUUAAACAUGUCCGCCGUACCGGUUGCCAUCAAAACGGAGGAGGUUAUUCUAGAGCACGCCGAAUACAACAGCGCCGAGGAAUUGGAUGAGGAAUUGCAAUUACAACUGGAAGAUUCAGGGGGUGAGAACUAUCACAUCGAGUACGCCAGCGAGUCGGCCCAUCAGGGUUCUCAGCGUCGCCAGUCGAGCAUGAGCGGUACGAAUACCUCCAAGGGCGGCGGAGGAGGCGGGGGCGGGGCCUUGAGCGAUGGAGACGGCUCGGGAAAACCCCUUGUGGACAGCGAGAAGAGGAUGCGCCGGGAAAUCGCCAACAGCAACGAGCGGAGACGCAUGCAGAGCAUCAAUGCCGGAUUCCAGAGUCUGCGAUCGCUUCUCCCGAGACACGAGGGCGAAAAGUUGAGCAAGGCCGCCAUCCUGCAACAGACCUUCCAAUACAUUGUGGAGCUGGAGAACCAGAAGACGCAGCUGCUCACGCAGAACAGCGAACUGAAGCGACAGGUGGGCGAGCACGAGGCCGGCGGCGGAGGAGGAUCCGGCGAGGGUGGUGCCAACUCCGGCGGAAACUACAACGAUUCCAAUGCCAGCGGGGGCAACUCCACGGCGGUGGCCAUCAAGAAGCGCAAGCUGACGGACAACGUGAUCAACAUCCAGGCGAUUAGCGACAGUUCCGACGAGGGUCUGGGCUCCAUGUCCCCGGAACCGAUGACCCUGCUAACGGCCGGCGGUGCGGCGGCCACCAAACUGAACAACGCCACCCUACUGGCGGCCAAGGAACUCCACGAAUCGAAGAAGCAGCUGGAGAAGGAGCGCAGCCUGCGGCGACUGCUCGAGGAUGAGCUGCAGAUGAUCAAGAGGCAGCUGUACAGUGUGGCAACCGCACCACCCGGCACAGCGGUGGCAGCCGCAUCCGGAGGAAAUAGUGGCGCCUACAUUCCACGCGAGGUCAUCGAGCAUACCGAUAACUUUGUUCGCACCGAGGAUUUGGAGGAACUCGGUGGCACCGUCUCGUACGUGGAAAUCGAUGAGAUGACUGGCCAACAGCAGGUGGUCGUCUGCUCCAGCAUCGAAGAACUGGAGGCCGAUGCCGCUGCCGAGAUCAUCACCGAGGAUCAGGUGCACGAGGAGGUCAUCCUGUCGUCGAACAGCUCCACGGAGUCCGAAAACGAGGUCAAUGUGAACGCAAUUGCCAAAGCCUAUGCCGAAGGAUGCACGUCGAGUGCUGCAAUGCUGCAGCCCAUUCUGCAGGCGGCAAUCAAAGCCACGCCCAAGGUGGAGGUGGAGCGCAUCCACGAGAAGAUUGUCAAGGUGAAGGCGGAGAAACAUGAUCUGCCAUCGAUUCAGACCACCACACACUAUCAGCAUCCACAUCGUCAGAAUCUGGAGACCAUUGUUCAGGCCAUCCGGCAUCUGGAGGGCGAUCAUCUGUUUGCGGACGGCAGUGGGGGCCAAGAGAAGUUUGGCCAGCAGCAGAAUCUCCAGCAGCAUCAUCACCAAAUGACUGGAGUGCAUCACCAGCAGCAGCAGCUGCAUCAUCAUCGGCUGGCGCAGGAUGCACCGCUGGCCCUCACCACCACGGGCAAGCAACAUGCGGCGCUGGCGGAGCUGCGACCCUUCCUUCAGCUGAAGAGCAGUGGCGGCAAUAAGCAGGUUAUCAUUACGGCCAAGACGGCCAAAGAUGCUGGCGGUUUGGUUUCGACGAGCAGCAGCAGUACCACCGUUACGCCGACGGCGAUCUUUAAGGUGCAAACAACGGGCGGCCAUGGGAGCAGUGGCAGCGGCAACGGCAGCGGCAGCAGCCAUCAUUUGCAAGCGGGCUCGACGACGGGCACCAUAAUCACUGGGAGCAAUGGCAGCGGUGGAGCCCAGCAGCUGACCAUCACCACAGCCUUGAAACAAUGCCGGCCGGGCGUGAUAGUGGCCAAGCAGCUGCCGUCGUCCUGAUUCAAUGGCCCCAAAAAGGGAGCGGGUUCGGGUUCGGGUUCCAGUUCGGGAUGUAUUGCGGCAGCUGGAGCAAAAGCAGGAGGAAGAUGUGGCGCCCAACGUGGGUCAGGAGCUGUGACUGGGGCACGAGCUAGUAUUAAAGGCGCUCGCCAGGAAGCAACAACCACAACCACCAUACCGACAACAACAGCAACAACAACGGCAAAAACAGCAGCAACCACUCAACAGUUUACUAAGCAAAAUCCUUUUGCUGCCUCCCGGCAACGUAACAGUAACAGUAACAGUAAAAGUAACAAUAGUAGCAGUAACUUUAACCUUAUUGUAAGCAGUAAAAGUAGUAGCAUCAUCAGCAGCAGCAGCAGUAGCCACAGAAACGUUAAAGAGACUGUUACCAAACAGAGGCAGAGGCAGAGGCAAAAGUAUGUAAAUUAGUAAGAGUUUAACAACAAACAAAAAAACAAACGAAAAUUAUGAUACAUAUACCAAGCAAGACCUAAAUCAAUUUUUGUAUUUUUGGGAUACUUAUGAUUUAACUUCAAACUCAACCAGACCUCUCUUUCCAAGCUUCAAACGCCAACAACAAACCACAACAACAACACACAUAUAGCCACUGUAAUUAAAUGCAAAGAAAGAAAGUACACACAUAACAUUUGUUCAUUUAUUGGUUAAGAAACUAGAAUUAACAGAUAUAAAAAACAAAGAAGAGUGCAACAAUUGAUUUUGAACAACAUAGUAGAGCAGCAGGCAAACAGCAAAACGACAAGAAACGAAACCGAAACAACAAAACAGAGUACAAAAUGGAAAGAAAAAGAAAAUAGACAUAAAAUUAAUACAAUUUUUGUUUGGUUAAUUCGUUUGAAUUGCAUGCAGUGAAAAGGGCGCCAGAGAUAAUCGGAAGUUGAGAGAUGCCGGAAAUUGCUUAAGCAAGUUUUUAUUGAUGAUUCCUUGAACUCUAUAAACACCAUCGCAUUAAUUUUUACCUUUUUUUAAAUUAUUUUUUCUUAUCUUUAAUUUUAACGUUUACUAGGCGUACAUACAUAUACUUUGAAUGGAACUUAUUGAGUUUUUGUUGAUAUAUUUCUGUAAAAAAAAUUUUAAGUCUAAUUAUGUAAGCGAGUGCAGAGCGUGGGUGGUAAAGAUUAAACAUAAAUAAAACAUUAAAAAAAAUAUUAAAACAAUCUAAAGGAAAAGAAAAAAAAAUGCAAAACGAAAAACAGUAAACAGAACUAAAGCAAGUGAAAACGUUUAUUAUAUAAACUAUUAUAUAAAUAUAUAUAUAUAUAUAAAUAUAAAUUAUAUACAAAUUACGCAUACCUACCACAACAUAUAUAAAUAAUACAUGCAGAGUACAUACGAACAUAAGUAACGGAACAUUACAUAAUAUUACUACUAAACUACAAUAAACAAAUACUUUGCAUACAUAUUUAAUAUGCUUUAGUAACUUAAGUACGACAAGUUCAGAGAGUUUAACCAAGAAUCCCUUGAUCCUUGAUCCUUAGUCCCCCCCCUUUACGAAAAAAAAAAAGAAUGCGCACGUGCGAGCGAGAGGACCAUGCAGCUGUCUCCCUUCGCCAAGCUGCGCCGACGCUGUGCGAUUAUUUGUUUUUAGUUUCUUCAGAUAUUUUUGUCUGCCUGCUGGGACACCAAGUGUCCCUGUUUGGGCGCCAGUCUGAUAGGGGAUUCCCCCCGAUUCGAAUUGAAGAAACUGUUCCUCGCACAGCGUCGCCGCGGCUUGGCGUCCCGCAUUUUCCACACAAGGAGAGAGACUAUGAGAAUGAUGAAGGAAACAGCAAGUGCAUGCAGGCAUCUACGUUUUGUCAGCCACGCCCACUCGCCCACCCGUCCGCAUUCGAUAUAUUUGAUUAGGAAACAUUAUGCAGGCCGUUCAUAGUUAAAGGAAACGAAAUCGUGAAGAAUAUAUAAGCCAGAUCAUGCAAAACAACAACCCCAUAUUACUACAUACAUUCAUGCUCUAUGAAAA